UACAGAGCACAGAGAGCAGCAGAGGAAGUAGGACACACCUGGAAUUCAGACAGAACAAAGGAGUGAAAAGUGAAACCCCAUUUGACAAGAGGACUCUACCACUGACUAUGUUAAUGAGGUCUCAUUCGGAAAGGAGAGCCCUCCCUGGGUUCUCAGCCCUGUUGACACACAGCAUACCAAAACACACAGAUGUGACCUCCUCACCUCCUCCGUCCUUCACCCCAAGAGAGUCCAUCUUCACAUCUCUUACUUCACCACCUCCAUGGGUGACUCAGGCUCUUUCCAACCUGGAGCAAGGAGAACAAGAGUUGCAGAUCCUCAGGGAGCGACAGCAGGCCGAAGUGGAGGAGGUGAACCGCGAACUGGACAAUGCUGCGAUUGAAGCUCAGCGAGAGGAGCGUCGCCUUCUUGAAAAGGUCGAGCAGGACCACAGAGAAGCCCAGCGACACCUCAGCCAAGUGAAGAGGGAGAAUGCUGCAGCAGCGAGAGUUGUGCAGUCGCUUGUUGACCAGCAACUUCGAAAAAUUGGACAACUGAAGGAACAGAUACAAAGAUGGGGCAGUACCGCUGGUGGAGCCAACAAAAAUCAGCUACAAAGAGGGGUGGCAGAGGUGACCCAACCAUGGGAAAUCUCUUUAACAAUGAAAAGGGUCAGUUUCUUACCAAGCCCACAGUCGAAGAGCUUUAUCUUAGGGGAAGUUGAUGUCCGUGAGCAAGGUAUGACCUACCCCAUUGGUGUCUGUGGUGUCCAGGGACAGAAGUGUGCCUUGCAUUCAGGAGAUACAGCAUUUUCAAACAUUACCCCUCUUGAAAUUAGAAAGGAACCUCAACCAAACAAAGGCGGGAAAAGACACAGUCCAGAAGAGCUCAACAAAACAAAUAGUGGGAACAUGCGUGUUGUUCGGAAACUACGUCUGUCAAGCUCUACAGAGAAUGAGGAAGAGCUCAAUUCACCUAAGUCUCCCAUAUCAAGACGUCGUGGUGUAUCGGAGUCCUCCCAAGAUGAGGAAGCAGAGUCUGUGUGUUCAGAAACCCAGGGGCAAGACCUUUUCCUUGCCAUCCCACCUGUCUCCAGUCAAGGAGAAUCUGAAGGUGAUGACUCUGACAGCAGACAAACUGGAACAAAGAGGCGCAGCUCAGUAAAAGGUAAAAGAAAGCAAAAGGCCCUUGUCUUGGUCUCAUGUGAAGAACCUUCCUGCCCACCUGAAGAACUUGAUGACAGAAGCAGUGAAGUGGGAACAUCUCCAAAGACAAGAUGUAAAGGUUCACUCCCCAGGCGCAGUGUUGUAGAUCUUUCCACAAAACAUCAUGCGCUUUCUAAACAAAGCCUUUCCAAGAAAAAGACCUCAAACCAGUCAUCAAUGGACAGUGGAAGCCCUCCAUCCCCAGUGGACAGUGAGGACUCCUGCUAUACAUACACUGUCAAUACUCCUGUAAAUGGAUCUGUCAAGCAAGAGCACUGCCGCUCAAUGUCCACAGCUGACCUCUCUAGUCUCAAGACUGACCGCAAAAGAAUCAGAAAGGUCAACAGAAUGCGUCUUGCUUCCGAACCUUCAACUUUUGAGCAAGGCCAAGGAAACGGCACAGAAUCUGACAGGAACACCAUAAGCUCUGAUGAAAGACAGUCAAGGUCUCAGACUCGUGUUACACAGGAACUGAAUUUAAACCGUGUGAGCAGAUCCCUUUCCAUGUCAGCCAUCGAAGGUGAUAAAAUACAUCAAGUCAAUGAACCAGAACAAUACAACAAGGACAAGAAAGUUGUGUCAGCUUUGGAGGAACUAGAGGAAGAGGGUGGUUCAACUGCGCUUGAUUCAGCUUACCUGGUUAAACAGUUUGGAAAACAAGGAGCUGGCCGCACUGAUUUCAACCUGCCAAGCGGCGUCUAUGCAACUGUAAGGGGGCAGCUCUUUGUGGUGGAUUGUGGUAACGCCCGAAUUCAAGUGACAGAUCUCCAAAAGAAUGUAGUUCAGCAGGUGUCUCCUUCAGGAUCAGAGAGGUCUUCCCGUAUCUGCAACUACUUUGAUGUGGCGGUGAACUCAAAGGGCCUCAUUGCCCUGACCUGUGCUGCUGAACGAGCUGUGUUAGUGUUCAGUCGUCAUGGACGUCUACUGCAGACAUUUGGAGGCACAUUGAUAGGUUCCACUAAUGAAGAGCUGGAUGCUCCCAGAGGGGUCACUGUUACCCGUCAAGAUGAGUUCCUGGUGGCUGACAUCAAACGUGGAAGCUUAACUUCCCUAAAACUGGACCCGAAAACUGGGGUCAGGUUAGAGCGCACAGUGGUGACGGGGUACCACAGGCCCUACUUGGUGGCCGCUUGUCUCACCACUGGACUCAUGGCAGUAACAGAAAGAGGCAAUGAAACUGGGCGAGUCCCAUGCAUCCGUGUCCUGGAGCCUGGCUGGAACACAAUCCGAAUCCUGGGAGUGUGCUCCGGGUUGGGGCCCGUCCUGACCUGCCCUUGGGGCCUCUGUAUCGACAGCGAUGGGGACGUUCUGGUGGCAGACUGGGGGAAGCAGCGGCACCAUGUUCUUAUCUACCCAUCCAAAGGCGUUGGCUGGCCUCUCGUGACCGACAACCUGAGUAGCCCGAGGGGUCUGGCCCUUCUGCCUGAUGGCCACGUCGUGGUGUCAGACAGCAUGAAUCACUGCAUCAAGAUCUACCAUUACAAGUGAACUCCAGAAGAUGGUGAAGAAAGAUAUGGAUAGAGUUCUGACUAAUUGCUCCGAUGAUUUGAGAAGGUUCUAUUUGUAUUAGCAAGCACUAUCCACGAAAAAUUAUAUUGUGAGCUUUGUGAGUGUAAUUUACAGCCUCUACCUCUUACACAUAAUUUGUUAUGAUCAUGUUUAAAUGAGAUUAAACUUUAUGGUAAUCAGUAGUGAAGCUAAUCAGUAUUUUUUUCUUACGUUACUGCAUUUAGUUCAAAAGAUGUAAUAAUAAGUACAAGUACAUGCUUAGAAAAUGAAAUGACCUUGAAUGUUUCUCAUUUUCUCCCUCUAUGCAAUCUACAGUGUAGCAGAGUGGUCCUUAAUCCUGCAUGCCUUAAUAAUAUUUAGAAUUUUUGUAUAGUAUGCCCGUAUUGCAAAACAUUUCAAUAAUUAAUAGAAAAAUUUAUAAAUCUAAAACUCUUUUAAUUUUUCUGGGUAAUGAGUAGCUCAAACUGUUCAGUUGGCUUAAGCUUUGGAGGGGUUUAAUGACUUUUGUACUGUUAGUUUAUCUGAGUAAAUAUCAAUAAACUUUGAUUCAAAUCAAACUUUGCACAAUGGUGCUGUUUCUGGGCCCGUUUCUAACCACAUAUUAUCACCAAACUUCAA